GCCGCCGCCCGCCGCGGACGCGUACCAGCCGACGCCCUGCUAGUCGCCCGGGCCGCCCGCCCGCAGCCAUGAGCGUGCUCCGCCCGGGCCGAGCUCGCCGCCCCCUGGACUAGUCCCGCCGCCGCCCCGACCCGCCUGCACCAUGGAAUCUCCUGCCGCGAGCCAGCCUGCCGGUGUGCCCGCGUCCAAAGGAAAGUCCAGGAGGAAGAAGGAUUUACGAAUCGCCUGCGUGUCCAAGCCGCCGGCGCCCAGCCCCGCGCCCCCCCGGAACCUGGACUCCCGGGCCUUCAUCACCAUCGGGGACAGGAACUUCGAGGUGGAGGCGGAUGACCUGGUGACCAUCUCGGAGCUGGGCCGAGGCGCCUACGGGGUAGUGGAGAAGGUGCGGCACGCGCAGAGUGGCACCAUCAUGGCUGUGAAGCGCAUCCGGGCCACCGUGAACUCGCAGGAGCAGAAGCGCCUGCUCAUGGACUUGGACGUGAACAUGCGCACGGUCGACUGCUUCUACACCGUCACGUUCUACGGGGCCCUCUUCAGAGAGGGAGACGUGUGGAUCUGCAUGGAGCUCAUGGACACAUCCCUGGACAAGUUCUACCGGAAGGUGCUGGACAAGGACAUGACGAUCCCAGAGGACAUUCUCGGGGAAAUCGCUGUAUCUAUUGUGAGGGCCCUGGAGCACCUGCACAGCAAGCUCUCCGUGAUCCACAGAGACGUGAAGCCAUCCAACGUCCUCAUCAACAAGGAGGGCCACGUGAAGAUGUGCGACUUUGGGAUCAGUGGCUACCUGGUGGAUUCCGUGGCCAAGACGAUGGAUGCCGGCUGCAAGCCCUACAUGGCCCCUGAGAGAAUCAACCCGGAGCUGAACCAGAAGGGCUACAACGUCAAGUCCGACGUCUGGAGCCUCGGCAUCACCAUGAUCGAGAUGGCCAUCCUGCGGUUUCCUUAUGAGUCCUGGGGGACCCCGUUCCAGCAGCUGAAGCAGGUGGUGGAGGAGCCGUCCCCGCAGCUCCCAGCUGACCGCUUCUCCCCCGAGUUUGUGGACUUCACUGCACAGUGGGCUGAACCCAGACUGGCUUGGCUGGCCUGGAUGGGCUGGACUCACUCCUUCGCUGCCAGUCUGGCCCCAGCCUGCCCUCAGCCUGCUCUGUUCUGUCCUAGCCUGAGAAAGAACCCUGCGGAACGCAUGAGCUACCUGGAGCUGAUGGAACACCCUUUCUUCACCUCACACAAAACCAAGAAGACCGACAUCGCUGCCUUUGUGAAGGAGAUCCUGGGAGAGGACUCGUAGGCGGCGGGGCCUUGGACCCACUCUGGCCCCGCGGCGCCCCGCAGCCCUCUGCUGCGGCAGUGCUUGCCCACACCCAUAAGCUACUGCCAACCUGGCCUUGGGCACCCGGGAGGAAUCCAGGGGGCUGCUCCCGCCUGACAGGCUGCUGGUCCCAAGUGCCAAAGAACCAGACCGUCGGGGCCCUCCAGUGCCUCCGCCCCCGCUGCUCCAAGGACUCUGAGACUCCGGACUUGGAGGGGCCGGACGCCCCUCACAGAGAAGGCAGUGGUGCCUUGUGCAGGCCGCUGCCUUGGCCCGGCCCUGGAUGCCACCCAAGUUGUAUAUUUUUUUAUCUCUCGACUGAAUGGACUUUGCACACUUGGCCAAGGCUGGCCACACUCUGUCCCGGCAUCGGCAGGGGGACCCAGUAGGGGGAUGAGCCAUGUGAAUCCCCUGGAGCCCCCAGGAGGCAGAUGCCAGAGCCACCGAGGCCUUCAUCCCAGCACUGGCAGACAGGGCUCUAAGGGCACCGGGGCCACCUCGCCCCUGCCUGCCGCCUCUAGGGGUGUUGUUUCACUUUUAUUUUUUUAAUUUAUCCUCUUGAUUUUUUUUUUUCUUUCGCUUUGUGGGUUUGGCUGGUUUUUCUUGCAUGGUUUGGAGCCGAUCACUUUUCUGUCACCUGCUAGGGGACCAGCAGGCUAAGACCUGCCCUCUCUGCUCAGGCUGGGGUCUAGGAGCAUGGGCCCAAGGUCACUGCUCAGAGAGGAGCUAGGGGAGCCAUCCAACUCACUCUCCUUGGGGACCGGCUCGACAGGGGCUGUGGAUUUGCUUUUGGUAUUGUUUAAAAAAAAAAAAAAAAGAAAA